UAGUCGAAAAUUUCCAAACGGAAUGACGUACUACCCCUGCAAAUCUAAAUAGGCAAGUCAUUAGGGCAGACUUUUUAAUAGUGUAAUUAUCGUAAAUAUAUUUAUAAUUUAAAAUGUUUAUCAAAAUUAUUUAUUUAUCUCUUUUCGUGAGUUGUGUGCUUUCCCGACAUGUGCCACGUUUCGCCGACCUCGACGAAGAAGACCAACAUUUAUUCCGAGCAGCGUACGAGUCUCCUGGCUACGAGCAUGAGGAGUACCAGCAGCAGUACCAGUACGAGGAAGACGAUGACCUCCCCCUAGGCAAGCUGGACUUGCUCAAAGACGGUCUCUGGGCCAUCAAGGCCAAGCUAAAGGAACUAAAGGCCUUCAACAAAGCCUUACUCGCAAACUUCCUCAUGACUAAAUUAAAAGUAAAAGAGUUGCUGGCCAGUAGUCUCGCUUUGAAGACCCAUCAGCAUGGCAGUUAUGAGAAGAAAAAGCCUGCUUAUAAUUAUCAGGCUCCAUCGUACCCUCAGCAGUACGGGCCGCAGUACGCCGAGGCCCAGUAUGCCCCGGCGCAGCACAUACACGACCCUUACUACGGCCAUUGAGAAGAAAACAUCCAUUAUACAUUAUUUUAAACCUUAUCUCUCUACAUUCUUUAACAAAGAAAAAGAGUUGAUCACUGUACAUUAAACCUACAAUAAA